AUGCCAGUAACCGAACUCGCCCUCCUCCAGCUGAAAGCGCAAGAUGCCCACUCGUCUACCAAAAUCGGCCUCUUAGAAGCCCAAAAGAAACAGACAGGAUACUCCGAAUACCAAGUCACAUACCUCCGCCAGAUCGAAGACCCAUCAUUUUUUUAUCUACUAGGCGGAUGGGAGUCUGUCGAGAAACACACAGGCGAAGGCCAAUGGCUUUCAUCCGAAGUCAACCAGGACCUGCUUGCGCGGUUGCAGAGCGAUCUUGAUGUUAGCUGGAUGUUUCAUUUGGAUGUUGAUCCAUCUACAUCCAAAAUCCCACUGGAUGCACCUGUUCUCGCUAUAACUCGGUGCUUUGUCGAGGCUGGCAGGAAAGAUGAAUUCGACGCUGUUUUCAAAGCUGUCGUGUCUCAUUUGAAUGCAUACACGGCUCCGUUCUCUGUCUGCGGUGCGUGGCGUAUCGAUAAAGAGGGACAGGAUGAGGAGUUUGUUCUUUUCAGUGGGUGGAAUGAAAUCCAGGAUCAUAUUGUUUUCGGGGAGUCUGAGGCUUCGAGGGAGUUUGGAAAGCUUAAGGCGUUGAUGAAGGACGCGGAGGUUAAGCAUGUACAUGUUGAGAAGUGGGAGUAA